GAUUUCUAGCCGGACUGUUUAGGGAGGUGCUCUGUAUCUUAUUUCCGGUGGUGGAGAGGUGCAGUUGCUAUGGUGAUUAAAGAAAGGCAGAAGUCCGUCUGGUUUCGUUGAGCGGAUUGUGGAAUCCUCGCAGAGAAUUGGCUGAGCUUCCUCGUCUGUAAAUUAGAAUGGCCAUCAGUCCAGGAAGUGAUGCUGCUUUCUCCAGUCAGAACUCAACGCUUUCAGAGAGUCCUCGAACAAAGAAAUUUCCACUAACUGAAGAGGAGAUAUUUUAUAUGAAUUGUAGAGCUGCCUACUUAUCUGUUUUCAAAAGCAGCUUAGAAAACAUUAUUUCUAAAGAUCAACUUUACUUAGCUCUUCAACAUGCAGGAAGAAAUCCAUCCCAAAAGACUGUUAAUAAGUAUUGGACUCCUCAAACUGCCAAACUGAAUUUUGAUGAUUUUUGUAUAAUUUUAAGAAAGGAAAAACCUGCUUCAAAAGCAGAACUGCUAAAAUCAUUUAAGCAAUUAGAUGUGAAUGAGGAUGGCUUUAUUUUACACACUGACCUUUAUAAACUUCUCACAAAGAGAGGUGAGAAGAUGACUCUAGAAGAAGUAAAUGCCAUAAUAAAUUUGGCCGAUGUAAAUGCUGAUGGCAAAUUUGACUACAUCAAGUUUUGUAAAUUAUAUAUGACAACCAAUGAGCAAUGUCUCAAAACCACUCUAGAAAAACUGGAGGUUGACAGUAAAUUGAGGCGUCAACAGUUUGGGAGCUACAUCGAAGGGUUCCCUGAAAGGGACCCAUCACCACGACCAAAACCAUCACCUAGAAUCGUAAGAAAAACUGAUCAGGAAACAUUCUCAAAUAAAGGUGACACCCGGAGUCCUUUACUGGCAACCACCAGAAAGUUCAAAACUUCUGUUUCUUUCACAAUUACCAUGGGGGCCAAUAGUAACCGAAACUCGAAGCUAACUGAGCCAAACUCAAUAAAGGAGUGGCAAUGUGUACAAUCAAAAGGGUGUUUUUUCUUAGAAGAAGAUGGCGAAAUCAUUAGUCAUCAAUACAGGAUGCAAAUAGCUCAGAGGUCCAUGGUUUAUUUAACAAUUAAGCCAUUAAAUCUGAGCCAAGUUGAAGGAAAACCAUCACCUUGGUUAUCAGUUGAUACUGCCUUAUAUAUUCUUAAGGAAAAUGAGAAUCCAACAAACCUACAGCUCAUGUGUUUUACUGAACUACGAAAUAGAGAAGUUUUUGGAUGGACUGGUGAACUAGGACCUGGGAUUUACUGGUUAAUUCCUUUCACCACUGGCUGUAGGCUGAGGAAAGAAAUACAACCAAUAACAGAAGAAGCCCAGCUUGUAUAUAGAGAUGAAACAGGAGAAUUAUUUCUUACAAAGGAAUUUAGGUCAACUUUAUCAGAUAUAUUUGAAGUAAUUGACUUAGAUGGAAAUGGUCUUCUUAGCCUUGAAGAAUAUAAUUUUUUUGAAUUGAGAACAAGUGGUGAGAAAUGUGACGAAGAUGCUUGGGCUGUCUGCAGAGAGAAUUUUGAUACAAAGAAGAAUGAACUAACAAGACAGGGCUUUAUGGAUCUGAAUCUAAUGGAAGCAAACGAUCGCGAAGGAGAUCCUCGUGACCUUUGGGUUACUCUUCUCUCGAUGGGCUACAAUAAAGCACUGGAAUUAACAGAGGCAUGCCCUUUUGUCAUCGAUGUCUAUGCAGACAAAUGCAAGCCAAGAAUUAAAGCUGUCCAUAUGGAGCCAUGCAGUGGGCAACUUGAGAAGGCCGUUUGUAAAUCUGUCCUUAGCAAAGGUGAUGCCAAAGUAAUGGAUGGCAACGAAAAUGUUAUUGUACAUACUCACAAGUGUGACACCUGGAUAACUUCCGUGAUUGAAAACAAGGAUUACUAGGGUAGAAGGGAGUCACUAUCUUACCCCAGUGCUUCUGCUCUGCUAUAACUUAUCUGUUCUCAACCCUCCACCACCUUCUUUUUCCUCAAGGAAAAUUCAACUUCCUUCACUAAAAUGAUGUAAAUAAUAUUUUAGAGCUUAUAUGUGCCAUGUGCUUUAUAUAUAUUUACACCUUUACUUCUCACAACAAUUCAAUGAGGUAAAUACUUUCCCCCUUUUACACACGGGGCAACUGAAGCAUGGGGAUAUUGAUCUGCAAAAGGCCACACUGCUAAGCAGUGGAAGAGCUAAAAAUGAAUUCAGGUUUUCUAAUGUUAUACUGCCCCUUUGUAGUCAUUAGGGAGUGAUCGCAAGUUCUUUAGCCGGGGAAUACUUUGACUCUGCAUUUCUCUCAUUUUUCAGCUCCGUUCUGCUUUCUCUUGCUUCCUAUCCAUCCUGGAGGCUAUUACCUAUUAUCUCAAGUAUCACUUUUCCCAUAAGGUCUUCCUUGAUACCCCAGGCUCAGCAGAUGUUUCUGUAUUUCUCUCUGUGUUUCUAUGGCACCCUGUUAAUACCUCUAUCACAAGACUUACAAAAUGUUUCACAGUUACCAUUUUAUUUGUAUUUGUUAAAAACAGAACUAAUAACUUAUGAAUCU